CCCAGGCCCCGCGAUGGGAGGGGCGGAGUUUCAGGGCUGUGGCCCGGCUACCUUGGGAGUUGAGGGAAUUGGAUCGGAGGUUCGGGGCCAGGCGCGGCCUUCUUAGGCCGCCAUGCCUCAUUCCCGGCGGGUCAGUCACCUUCUGGACCUAUGCCUUUGGUGCUUGAUGAAGAAUAUUUCCAGAUAUGUCACAGACAUUAAACUUUUGCCUCCUAAUAUAAAAGAUAAGAUGAUUAAAAUAAUGAGUUUUCAAGGGCGAAUAACAGAUUCCAAUAUUAGUGAGAUUCUGCACCCUGAAGUGGAGUCUCUGGACCUCCGAAGCUGUGAUAUUUCAGAUAUUGCAUUAUUACAGCUUUGUAACUGCAGGAAACUGAAGAAAUUAAAUUUAAAUUCCUCAAAAGAAAACAGGAUUUCUGUAACUUCAGAAGGAAUAAAGGCUGUUGCCUCAUCUUGCUCAUUCCUUUCUGAAGCCUCUUUGAAAAGAUGCUGUAAUCUCACAGAUGAAGGGGUCCUUGCUCUUGCCCUCAAUUGUCGGUUACUGAAGAUAGUUGAUUUAGGUGGCUGCUCAGGUAUUACUGAUGUGUCCCUACAAGCCCUUGGAGAGAACUGUCCAUUUUUACAGAGUGUUGACUUUUCUGCUACUCAGGUAACUGACAGUGGUGUGGUUUCACUUGUUAAUGGACUAUGUGCUAAGAAAUUAGAGGAAAUUCACAUGGGGCAUUGUGUAAAUCUGACUGAUGGUGCUGUGGAAGCUGUUCUUACUUGCUGCCCUCAGAUACACAUUUUACUCUUUCAUGAAUGCCCUCUGAUAACAGAUCAUUCCCGAGAAGUCUUGGAGCGGUUAGUGGGCCCAAACAAAAUCAAACAAGUGACAUGGACCGUUUAUUGAUGUUUAUUAAAACUACUGCGACUGACAUUUUCCCUGGAAAUUACUGUGGAGAUUGACUUUCCAUUUUUAUUUAAGCAUGCCAUAUUGAUUUAUUGUCUUUUUUUAACUGUCAGUCUCAAAAUGACUAGUUAUACCUACAGAUAUGCUAAAAUUUGGUUUUGAUGGUAAAACUAAACUCCUCCAAAAUGCAAACAAUGCUGUUGCCAUUUGUUUUUCUUUAGGAAAUCAUUAUUUUAAAAAUAUUACUGUUGUGACUAUGACUUUUCUCAUUCUUUAGGAUUUUGUAUUUUUUUUACACAAUAAAACCCCAUGUGAAAUAUGUAUAGAUUUAAGAUGACAAAUUUUCCCUGUUUCUUCUCUUUCUUACCUAAGUAAUUGAUGAAUGACCACUAGGAUAAUAAAUUAAACUAAUUUAAUUAAUCUUUCCUAAUUCCCAGCUUUCUAAUGGUAAGGAUCCACUUGCCAAAUAGCAAAUCUGAUCAUAAGCCCUAAAAAUGUACUUUUGAAUUGGUUCUUCAGCCAAACAGGAAACAAACAUUUUAGUAAUAACUAUCUCAUUCAUGACAUCAAAUGGUAAUUCAGCAGUGAAGUAUGAUAUAAUUUUUGGUUCUAUCCCUAUUCUAUGACUUGAUUUAUUCAAUCUUUCUUGUCUUUCUUCCUCAAAUAUUUGUUCAUUUUAUUAGAACUGAUGAAGAUGUUUAAAAAAUGGGGAUUCUUGAAAUAAGAUAGACAAUGAAGUAAUGCCUCAAAGAUUUCUGAUCUGCUUCAUGUUUACUCUUCUGGAAAGAAGAGAAUACCUUAAUUGUUUUAUCUCCUACUUUGGGGAAGAUAUUUUAGGCCUGUAUUUGGGAAAGAUUAAGCUAGAGAAGAUCUGUAAGCGUAACUCAGAAAAUAAACUGAUGUCGCUAUUUGUUGCAGUGGAAACAACCACCAGAAUACAGGAAGGUAGUCCUUCAACAAAACUAAUCUCAGAGGAAAAGAAGCAGGGACAAUGGAGAUUGACGUUCCAUUUCUGGCCUACUUAAUCCUACAGGAGCACUACUCAACAAAUGAACUGCUAUUUUGACUCCUAAACCUAGUUUACCAAAAACAGCCACCUAGGAAGGAAAAGAAAAACUAAAAGACGCCAUGAUUUAGGAGGAAAUUUGAAUUUUAGAUUAGACUUGUUUUUCAGUAUUAUCAAUGCCACAAUUCAAGUUUCUAGAAUUAUGGCUCUUGAUGACAAGUUAUCUUUUACCUAUUUUGUUUUUUAACUUCAUUAAUAUAGAUCAGAAGUAAAGUCACUAAAAGCUAAGCUACUGAGAAAGGUGAACUGAAUUCACUGUUUGAACUACAGAACUAAAACUUAAAAGUUUGAGGGGUCAUUUCCUGUUACUUAGGAAUUUGGUUUUGGCCACCUCACAUUCAGAAAUGGACCUUUUUUUUCCAGAAAAAAAGGAGUCUUACCACUAACAAAUAACAUUCAGCUAUAAAUAAGAAAUGUCAUUAUAUGGUUAUAUACUGAAAAUCUGUUGUUUCCAAUUAAUAAAACAUAAACCUUAUGUCUCUUUAAAUUGAAGUAUCUAGAUAAAAUGUGAUCACAGACCUUUUCUUCAGUUAUUCACAUACUGAAAGGACAUCAUGAACUACUAAUUUAUCCUAAUGACCUGAAAGUGGGACUCUUUAUGAGUGUAUGUUUAAAUAAACAUUUUUCAUUAAGAAGGAGGCAUUAUGGAAUUCUUUAAACAUCAAAUUUCUGUAAUAUAUCGAGAUCUUUCCUGUUUCACUUAAGCAUAAAAUAUGUUCUAAAAGAUUGUGUGUCAGGAGGGAGGGGGAGCUUGAGUGGAGAGAGUGGCAGUAUAUAGUACAAAGUUGUUAUACAUGUUUGGGUGGAAGGAAUUUAUAUUCAGCAUUAUUUCUGGUUACUUUAUAUAUUCACUAUUGGUUACUUUAUAAAUCCUAUUAGUUGACAUUGUGCAUAUGUGAUCAUUAUAAAAACAAUGUCUUUGUACAAAUGUUUAAAAUGGGUAGGGUUUUGUUUUCCCUGAGUUUGACAUUGUUCUGAAAGCUAAAUACAAUAAAAUUUAAUGUCAAAUAUA